AUGGGCGGCGGCGGCGUCGGUGGCGGGGGUGGCGGCGGUAGCACCAUUGGCGGCGGCACCCUGGGCCACGGCACCGCGAUGAGCAGCAGCACGGUCGGCAUGGGCCCUCUCCCCGGCACCCUGAUGCAUGGCGCCUCUGGCGGCGGCGGCGGCGGUAAUCCCGGCAAUGUCUACGGCAAUGGGAACGGAAACAAUGGCGUGGGCGGACAGAACACCGCCCCCGGAUCGGUGAUCGAUUCGCGGGCCGUGUCCGUGGUGGUCACGCUGCCCGGCGGACCGGGUGCCCAGCAUCCGGGCCAGGCGCUCAGCGACUACGGUCCCAUAUAGUUAAUGGUACGCCCGGACACCGCGCACUGGGUAUCGACCAGCAGUUUCAGCCAGCUGUAGCCGCUCAAGCUGGUCGAUUCGCACGCCCGGCCUCUGCUGUCUCACUCGCACUCUUAGGCUCUCAUCCGACGACCCCUCCACCACAUCCAUCACCCAUCUCGCUCGCUCGGGGCAGCUUUAGCAAAGGUUUUCCAGCAAAAUGCCAUAUUAAUUCGAGUAGCCGUAGUUUGUUCAUUGAGUGGAAAGCGCAACAAGAGCCCCUGUUUCUGUUUCGAAUUCCGAUCGAUUUUUGCGGAAUGCGAAUUCAUGAAAUUUGUCUUAUUUCAGCAAAGACUUGUUGCAAUUUUGAAGAUUUGUUAACCAAAAAUUUUAUUUCAAA